GCAGCAGAAUCCUCUCGCACAGGAAGCAGCAUCUUUAGUACAUAGGCAGAUCACUAUCGCAGAACAAAGAAAAUGACUCACCAAUACCCAGCACUCUCCUCAGACCAGAAAAAGGAGUUGUCCGACAUAGCCCAUCGGAUAGUAGAGAAAGGGAAGGGAAUCCUUGCCGCUGAUGAAUCUGUAGGGAGUAUGGCCAAACGUUUUAGUGGGAUUGGAGUAGAGAAUACAGAAGAGAACAGACGUCUGUACCGGCAGCUACUUUUUAAGGGUGAUGAUCGUAUGAAGAAAUGCAUUGGUGGUGUCAUCUUCUUCCAUGAAACCUUGUACCAACAGGGAGACUGCGGCACCAACUUUGUUCAGAUGAUCAAAGAUAAAGGCAUUGUUGUAGGGAUUAAUGUAGACAAAGGUGUAGUUCCUUUUGCUGGUACCGAUGGAGAAACCACUACUCAAGGUUUGGAUGGAUUGGCAGAGCGCUGUGCUCAGUAUAAGAAAGAUGGUGCUGACUUUGCAAAGUGGCGUUCUGUGCUGAAGAUUAGUGAGAACACUCCAUCUUCCCUUGCUAUAAUGGAAAAUGCCAAUGUACUUGCUCGUUAUGCCAGCAUUUGCCAACAGAAUGGAAUUGUUCCAAUUGUGGAACCAGAGAUUCUGCCUGAUGGAGACCAUGACCUAAAGCGUUGCCAAUAUGUGACUGAAAAGGUACUUGCUGCUGUGUACAAAGCUCUGAGUGAUCACCAUGUGUAUCUGGAGGGAACUCUCCUGAAACCUAAUAUGGUAACCGCUGGGCAUGCUUGUCCCAACAAAUACACUUCUGAGGAGAUUGCCAUGGCAACUGUAACUGCACUGCGUCGUACUGUGCCCCCUGCAGUAACAGGAGUUACUUUCCUCUCUGGUGGGCAGAGUGAAGAGGAAGCUUCUAUUAAUUUGAAUGCAAUAAACAAUUGCCCUCUGCUUCGUCCAUGGGCACUUACCUUUUCCUAUGGGCGUGCCCUGCAGGCUUCUGCACUAAAUGUCUGGCGUGGCCAGAAAGAGAACGAGGAUGCUGCCGCUGAGGAAUUCUUGAAACGUGCAGAGGUGAACGGCCUUGCAGCCUGCGGCUUGUACGAGCACAGUAGUGAUGGAUCAGGGGCAGCUGGCCAGUCCCUGUAUGUGGCCAACCACGCAUACUGAACACACUGGACCACAAAGCACUAACCCACAGAACCCCUCCACUCUGCUUCCUUCCUCUUACAGCCAUUUUGUGGUUUAGACACGGCAUAACCUUACACAGCUAAUGUGAUCUCUUUGCAGUUCUAGUUGGUCAUGGAAGUGGUAUUGGGAUGGGAUUCAGAAAAUCUUGCAUUUAUUUUCCUAGCAGAAUUUUUAUUUUUGAAGAUCUACAGUUUGGUUUCAUUCCAAUAAAGCAAAGAUGCAUACUGCUAUAACUGCAGUUACUCUAACACUUUACAGGAGGAAAUGUUUAUGUGGAAUUCUAUGAAGAUUGUUAGAAUGAUCAGGUGGCUGUACUGAUGUUGCCCAUCUUAUCUGUCACAAGCACUAUAGUAAAUCCCUACCCUGUUAUGUGGAAGGUACACUUCGCAACUAACUGCUCAUCAAACCUUGACAUCCCUCCUCAACACUGUUCUGUGAAAGGUGUUGCACUAUGUGGUACAUCUGUAGACAAGUGGCUUGUGUGCUGCCCAAUUUGUUAAACCGGUCGUUCACUCAUGAGAAACUGGUUGAAAUGUUACAACUGAAUGGUUAGCAGGAUCUCAUGGCAACGUAGGGCAUAAAAUUACAUGCUGAGCAUAUUGUGAUUUAGUGUUGUCUUUACCUGUAUGAAACUGAUGUACCAAAUUAGUUAAAGAAUAAACUAGUGAAAAAAAAAAAAAAAAA